AUGGACGGCGACUUCCUGCACGCGAUCAACGGCGACUGGGACUCGCUGCUCACGGUCAUGCGCGAGAACCGCCAGGUGGCGCAGCGCACCGACGCCAGCGGCAUGACGGUGCUGCACUGGGUCUGCCUGCACCAGGACGCGCCCACGGACAUCGUGGUCAAGGUGGUCUUCGCCAACCCGUACGCCGUGCACAUGCGCAACGACGCGGGCCACCUGCCCAUCGACCUGGCCGUGCAGGCCGAGUGCGGCGAGCGCAUCCUCGAGGUGCUGCGCGCCGCCGCGCACGGCAGCCGCCGGCCCGGCGAGGACGACGACGACGAGACGGACGGCGAGCUGCACCAGCACGACCUCAUGGGCAAGGACGACGGCGAGCCCGCCACCGAGACCAUCGACUACCAGCUCCCGUACAACAACCACACCAUCCUGCACGACGACGACAUCCGCGACGGCUCGGACUACAACCGCAUGUACUACGGAGACAUGGACGACGACGUGGACGAGGACGAGCUCGAGUACCAGCAGCACCACCGACACUACCAGAUGCAGCCCUUCCAGCAGUCGCAGCCGCAGCCGACGCGCCAGGCCAAACUCGAGCGAAGCGUGUCGGACCACGACCCGUACUACGGCCAACCGCAGGGCAACUACGGCGGCGGUGGCAGCAUGUACGGAGGCUUCAGUCUAGGCCCCGACCGCAACCGCAUCGACAGCCUGUCCAGGAGCGACCCGCACGUCAAGUCGCUGCUGACGGAGCAGCGUCUCCGCGAGCGCGAGAACGACCUGAUCUCCAUCGGGACAGCGGACGACUCGAUCCCGCUGGGCCUGUUCGACCCGUCCAAGGGCCCGCCGGAUAUGUCGCUCAUGUCCAAUUUCAAGGCGCAGCAGGAAGACGUCAAGGCCACGCGCACCAACAACGUCAAUAUGAGCUCGCGGAGUCUGGGAGGCGGCACCCGCAGCAAGACGGCGUUCCCGCCGCGCUGGAAGCAGUCGCGCAUGUGCCACGUGUGCGCGUGCGGCUUCACGCUGGUGAAGCGGCGCCACCACUGCCGCAACUGCGGCCAGAGCGUGUGCAACCAGCACUCGACCAACCGCGUGUCGCUGCCCAAGUUCGCGCUGUCCGAGCCGCAGCGCGUGUGCGACCAGUGCUUCCUGAGCGGCCACCACAUCGCGGUGCCUGGUCAGACAAGCACGCCGUCCAUCGCUAGCUCCAAUCAGUCGCUGCCGGCACAGCUCCAGCACGAGCAGCACCCGUUCCAGACGUCGCAGCAGUAUCAAAUGCAGUUCCAGCACGCCCGGUAGAUGGCGGGCGGGGCAUUUCAUGCGACGUGUGUGUGUAUUGGUAUCCCAUGGGUCCUCCAGUUCAAAGUGUAGCAGCAGAGCCUUAAUUCCGAUUGAAGGAUUGUAAUACCUUGUCCCAGUC